AUGGACCAGCGUAUUGACCACCUUGUGCGCCAGAUCGAUGAUUGCUGGAUCACAUAUUCAAUUGCACAAGGCAUCUUAAGCGCUCUCGACGACUCUAUUAGAUUUGAUGAAGAUAAACACACGGAGAUUCAUGAACAGGAACGGAUACGGGACGCAAGCGGCGCUGAGGGCCUUGCACAUCAAAGAACUCUAAUUUCACUGCUACAAGAUUGCGACUGUGUAAACGGUUACGCACAGAACGUCAUUGAACUUGAUUUUCGUUCAGCGAACCUCAGCAAACAACCUGGGGAGGUCAGGGACCUGCGCGCCACACCUGUUGAACAAAGCCAACAAGACGUGGCGAACAAUAUUGUUCGUAUUGGACCUCAGCGAUACGUCUCUAAUCACAGUCCUAUCAUCAAAUCCAUCCCUCUAAAUGAAGUGAAAAAGAAGAUCAGUAAAGCAGUCCGCAUCAAUAUAACGGAAAGAGACCAAAAGAUGCCCGGGGCCACGCAAGAGAGAAUGAAUCGUCUUCACGCCGCUAUAUCUCUUUAUUUGGUCAACUCGUUUGAUCAAACACCACAGCAGAAGCAUGGAAAUGAUCUUGUUAAGCGGCAUUGCGAUUACACCGGUGCUAAACUCCUGUGGACACCCGGACCGUUCUCGAUGUCCGUUGAGGCUAUAUAUCCAAUAGCGAUAUUUGAGGGCAAGGAUGCUUAUCAUAGUCCCUCAAAUGUGUGCCUGGUUUCAACAUACCUCAAUGUGUUAAAGAAGACGAACCCGAUUUUGCUUCUACCGCUGAUAGCUGUUUGUCUAAAUAUUAGCGACAGCAGCGCUGUUACAACAUACAAGCAACAACACUUGUGGGCAUACAACGCCAUCUGUAACAUCUGCACCAUCUCUACCGCUUUCUACACCAGUUCAUCGCCUCAUCUGCGCGCGAUGGAGUGGGAAUCUUGGGAGAUGCCACUGAAGAUGGCAUUUCUGGACGCAUCCAGGACCGGGAUCAUGGGAUCAGAAGUUGAAGCAAUGGUCCAGCGACUUCGACCUGAGCAACUUUUCAGACCCAGAAAACAUGAGUAUUUCGGAGAACCGGCGAAUUAUAAGAUAAGACAGCAUUCGUGGGAUUGGAAGCAUGUUUACAUCAACCUGCUCCGAAUUGCGGACCAUUACGGUAUCACCGAAUCAGAGUUUGAGUACUACCUAACGGUGAGCUCUCCAGAACAAGAUAAAGUUACCGAUCGAAUCUUCUACUUUUAUCACAUCCUGUCGAAGGUCCAAGCAGAGGCUAUAGACUGGAAUUGGGAAACACUUCGCAGAGUUGUGCAAUGCAUGCUCUAUACUCUCAAAAAUGAAUGCAAUAAGUACGCUGAAGAAGCCGGCCUUGGAGAAGAUAUGGACCAGUUCAAAGUCAUUUACUGGAUUGCUGGCCACUAUUGCAAGCAAAUACAGAGGCUCAAACUCCAAUAUCCUGAAUGGACCAUGGAAGAUAUUGGCUUCCGCGCUUUCUUAGAUCGCUGGGGAUUACCAUUGGUUCCUUGGACAAGUCACCCUCUAAAAUCGUCUUUAUGCAAGAAACAAGAUCACGGAAUUUGCAUGCUAUUUGGCCUAAGAGAACAAGAAGAAUUCAACCCAGUGACGCUUUUCGACUGGGAUAGCUGCACAAUCACCAUCGAUACUGUUUUUACGAACUUUGCAAUGUUUAAUUAUUCGUCGACCAUCUGGAAUGAUAUACGAGCAAAUAUUUCCAGCAUACCUCUUCAUCAUUGUUUUUGGAGGGUGGACCAAGAUUUGGGGAAUGUUAUGUGGUCCGGCCUGUCAUACAGCGCCAAUAAACCCAUGCCUCCAACACCUGAGUUCGAUGUCGAGCUUCUCCCGUUGACAACGCUAGCUGGACCCUUCAAAUGCAUUGAGUUAACCGUCCACCAGUUACAGAUAUUGAUGAAGAGCUAG